CCGAUCUGCCCAGUUCUUUCGGGUCGCGCACGGCAAGCAAGAUUCAGAAACGCGCGAACGAUCGAACCGAGCAGACGGGAAACAGACUGGUUCUCCCGUCCCGGUCCCGGUAGAAGGACAGAAGGAAGAAGAAGAAGAAAAAAAAGGAAAAGUGAAACCCCGCGUAGAACCAACUGCUCGGACAGGAAGUGUGUGGUUGAUAAAGCCGUGGAAGGGGAAGUGUUGCCGAUAAGAGGACUUGGCCAGGAGAAGUGUGUCGUGUAGUUAAACGAGCUCUGUCUCGUCCGUUCGGAGUCUGGACGUCCUCCGGUGGGACGACUAGGGAUGGGUGGUUUCACAUCACCAGCCUCGAUCGUCCUUCUUGUGGUGUUGGGUGCCAUAGGAGCGGUUCGAUCGGAGCUAACCCCACCGUACUUCAAUCUUGCUGAGGGACGAAAAAUUACCGCUACCGCAACAUGUGGCGUUGAUACGGAUGGGCCCGAGCUGUACUGUAAGCUGGUCGGUGCCAACACGGAAAACGACAACCAGAAUCAAUACUCGGUCAUUCAGGGACAGGUGUGCGAUGUAUGCGAUCCUUCCGAUCCGGACAAGAGCCAUCCGCCGGAGUAUGCCAUCGAUGGUACGCAAAACUGGUGGCAGAGUCCUCCACUGUCGCGUGGUAUGAAGUACAACGAGGUGAACCUGACGAUCGAUUUUGGACAGGAAUUCCACGUGGCUUAUCUGUUCAUUCGUAUGGGCAACUCGCCCCGUCCGGGAUUGUGGUCGCUCGAGAAAUCUAGCGAUUACGGCAAGACGUGGACACCGUGGCAGCACUUCUCCGACUCGCCCACCGACUGCGUUACGUACUUUGGGCCGGACAGUUUGAAACCGCUCCAGAACGACAAUGACGUUAUCUGUACGAUGGACCACUCGAAGAUCGUGCCCCUCGAGGGUGGUGAGAUUCCCAUUCGUUUGCUCAACAAUCGUCCAUCGGCCAACAAUUACUUCAACUCGUCCACGCUGCAAGAAUGGAGCAGAGCGACGAACGUGCGCAUCCGUCUGCUGCGAACGAAGAACUUGCUCGGCCAUCUUAUGUCCGUCGCGCGCCAGGAUCCUACCGUUACGAGACGUUACUUCUACUCGAUCAAGGACAUUUCGAUUGGUGGCCGGUGCGUGUGCAACGGGCAUGCCAACACGUGUAACGUGCAGGAUCCACGAUCGCAAAUGCGCAUUCUUGCGUGCCAGUGUCAGCACAACACGUGCGGCAUCCAGUGUGCCGAGUGUUGUCCCGGCUUUGAGCAGAAGAAGUGGCGCCAGAACACCAACGCAAGGCCUUUCCAGUGUGAACCGUGCAACUGUCAUGGACAUUCGGAUGAAUGCGUGUACGACGAGGAGAUCGACGAGAAAGCACUGUCGUUGGACAUUCACGGCAACUACGAGGGUGGCGGCGUUUGCCAGAACUGUCAGCACAACACGAAAGGCAUCAACUGUAAUCAGUGUCAGGAUAAGUACUAUCGCCCGUACGGCCGCUACUGGAACGAGACGGAUGUUUGUCAGCCUUGUGACUGUAAUCACUUCUACUCCACCGGUAACUGUGAGGAGGAAACUGGACGCUGCGAAUGUCGGGCGGAGUUUGAGCCACCGCUCUGCGACGCCUGUUCGUACGGCCAUUUUGGCUAUCCGAACUGUCGGCAGUGUGAGUGCAAUCUGAAUGGCACGAUCGGGUACUACUGUGAGGCGGUGGACGGUACCUGCCCGUGUAAGCACAACUUUGACGGACCGCAUUGCAAGCAGUGUGCGAAGGAAUACUACGGUUUCCCGGAUUGUGAUCCUUGCGACUGUAACAUGCACGGAUCGGUUGAUCGUGUGUGCGAUGAGGGCAGUGGUCAGUGCCAGUGCAAGCCAAACUUCGCCGGACGACUGUGCGAUACGUGCAAGGAUGGUUUCUACAGAUAUCCUGAUUGCACGUACUGUAACUGUGAUGUGCGUGGCACUCUGGAGGAGGUGUGUGACAAGAACUCGGGUACCUGCCUGUGCCGGGAGGGUUACGGUGGACCACGCUGCGAUCAGUGCAUUCCGGGAUACUACAACUAUCCGGACUGUGUGCCCUGCAACUGUUCCAGUGCCGGCAGUACCUCGACCGUCUGUGACAUCACCGGACGCUGCUCGUGUCUGGAGAACUUUGGCGGACGACAGUGUACGGCCUGUCUGGCCGGUUACUAUCAGUAUCCGGAGUGUUUGCCCUGCAACUGCGAUUCGUACGGUUCGCUAGCCAAAUCGUGCACCAGCGAUGGUCAGUGCCAGUGUAAGGACAACUUCGACGGCAAGACGUGCCAGCAGUGCAAGGAAGGGUUCUACAAUUUCCCGGCCUGCGAAGAGUGUAACUGCGAUCCGGCCGGUGUGAUACAACGGUUUGCCGGCUGUGGUUCGGUACCGGCGGGUGAGCUGUGCCAGUGUAAGGAGCGCGUGCAUGGUCGAAUCUGUGACAAGUGUCGUCCGCUGUACUGGAAUCUCACCGCCUCUAAUCCGCACGGUUGUCAGGACUGUGAGUGCUUCAUCGAUGGUACGAUCGGUGCUUUGGAUACCUGCGACACGAAGACGGGACAGUGUGCCUGUAAACCUUCGGUGAAGGGACGCACGUGUGCUGAAUGCAAGGACGGAACGUUUGAUCUUUUCGGGUCGAAUCUGUUCGGUUGUAAGGAUUGUGGGUGCGAUAUUGGUGGUGCGGCGGAUAACGUUUGCAACAAGGAGACGGGCCAGUGUCGCUGUCAUCCGCGUGUUUCCGGACGAACCUGCUCCUACCCGCUGACCACGCACUACUUCCCAACGCUCUACCAGUACCAGUUUGAGUACGAAGACGGCUACACCCAGUCGGGUGCGCAGGUUCGGUACCAGUUCCACGAGGAUAUAUUCCCCGGGUUCAGCAGCCGUGGGUACGCCGUAAUGUCGUCGCUGCAGAACGAGGUAAUAAACGAGGUCAGUGUGCUGAAGUCGUCCGUGUACCGGUUGGUGAUUCGGUACAAAAACCCGAACCCGGACAAUGUGGUCGCUAGCAUUCUUAUCACACCGGACAAUCCGACGGAGGUUGAGCAGAAAACGAAGGUGCUGUUUAAGCCGACCGAGCAUCCCGAGUUUGUAACCGUUUCGAAUGCGAGAGGCGAAGUGCCUUCACCGGUUGUGCUGGACCCGGGCAGCUAUACGAUCAGCAUCAAGACGGAAAAGACCGUGUUUCUCGAUUACUUUGUGCUGCUGCCGGCAGCGUACUACGAAGCUUCGAUACUGACGAAAAAGAUUGAAAAUCCGUGCGAAUUUGACGAGAUGGAUCUGUGCCGUCACUAUCAGUAUCCGAGCGUGGCACCGUUCAACCCACAGACGGAAGCGUUCAUCAUUGAGGAUGGGCAGAGCUACAAACCGGUGGAACAUUUCAAGGAGUACCAGCACUUGGACAAGGUGCGCGAGCAGGAGAUGCCGAUCCUGACCGAUUCGCAGCAGGAACUGUUCUACCCGAUGGAGGUGCCACACGCCGGACGGUAUGUGCUGGUCGUGGACUACAUCACCAACCGCAACAAUCCCGAGGUGGCCAUUCUGCAGGUGAAUCUUGUCGGUGAUAUUGAUCAGGACGGGUCGGCAACCGCCUACCCGUGCACGUACACUACCGUGUGCCGGCAGCCGGUGAUCGAUCGGGAGUCGCGCGAGAAGAUAUUCUUCCUCGAUCCGAACAAUCGAAAACCGAUUCAGCUGAAGCGUGCCGAUCCUUCCGGUUCGAUUGCGAUCAAAUCGGUGACGGCCAUUCCUUACGAAGACUGGUCCGCGGACUACAUUCGCCCAAACUCGGUGUGCGUAAUGCAGGGUGGCAAUUGUGUGCAGACCAGCUACCGAACGGCGCCAGAUUCGAAGAAAAUUGAGUUCGAAACGGAAAAUGAAUAUCUCAUCGCGGAGGAGGUACCGAGCCAGCUGUACGACAACAGUACCAAGUUGAUUCUGCUCGAUCAGGGUCAGACGGAGCUGAACAUCGAGGCUAACAUCACGUACCCGAAUCGGUACGUGCUGAUUGUCAAGUUCUUCCAGCCGGAUCAUCCUGCGUUCAAUGUGCAGUAUCGCAUUCAGACGACGCGUCAAAACUAUGACGGACGGUUGGAAGUUCGUCACUGCCCGGCGAACAGUGGUUGCCGCGAGGUGCUUAAGCAGGACAACGGGUACAUCGAGUUCGAUUUGCAGGACAAGAUCGAGCUGACGAUCGUGAGCGACGGUAGCAAGCGGGUGUGGGUUGACUAUGUGCUGCUGGUGCCGGCCGAGCAGUUCCACAAUGGUUUGCUUCAGGAGGAAACGUUCGAUCAGACGAAUGAGUUUAUCCAGCAGUGUGGACAGGACCAUUUCUACAUCCAGACCAAUGCGUCCGAGUUCUGUAAGAAGGCCGUAUUUUCGCUUACCGCGGACUACAACAGUGGAGCGCUUCCGUGUAACUGCGACUACUCAGGAUCGACGAGCUUCGAGUGUGAACCGUUCGGUGGCCAGUGUCAGUGUAAGGCGCACAUUAUUGGACGAAAGUGCGAAGCUUGCAAGACCGGAUACUAUGGCUUCCCGGACUGCAAACCGUGCAACUGCCCGUCGACCGCACAGUGCCACAAGGACACGGGCGAGUGUGUGUGUCCCGAUCUAGUGACGGGCGAAAAGUGCGACCAGUGUGUGCCGUACACGUUUGGGUUUGAUCAGAUCAUCGGAUGCGAGGAGUGUAACUGCAAUCCGCUGGGUGUGGUCAACAACAACCUGCAGUGCGAUAUGGACAGCGGCAUGUGCGAGUGUAAGUCGAAUGUGGUCGGUCGCAAGUGUGAUCGUUGCCAGUACGGAUUCUACAACUUCCCGUACUGCGAGCCGUGCCGUUGCGACAUCCGCGGCACAACGUUCGAAAUCUGUGACCAAUCGGACGAGAGUUGCUUCUGCAAGAAGAAUGUGCAAGGACGUGAGUGUAGCACCUGCGUUGAUGGAACGUACAACCUGCAGGCGGGCAAUCCCGACGGUUGUACCAAGUGCUUCUGCUUCGGACACACUAGCCGCUGUCAGACCGCAUUCUUGCGCCCGUUCAACGUGAGCAUGAUGAAGGAGGUGACGGUGAACACGAUUCGGCUGUCGGGUGGCAAGGCCACGAUCACCCCCUGGGUGCUGGCGGACGAUGUGAUGCUGAACGAAACAUCGGCCGAGGUAUCGCUGAGCGCGUUCGAUAACCGGGACCCAUCGGCCGGUAUGGUGUACUUCGGCAUGCUGGACCAUCUGUUUGACCUGAACAACCAUCUGUCCGCGUACGGAGGAUUCCUCACGUACAAAGUGCUCUUCACAAACGGGCUGUUUGGCAGCGCACUGAUCGGAGCGGACGUGAUCCUCGAGGGUAAGCAGCUGGAAGUGAUGCACCAAAGCUAUCGGCAGCCAUCGUCGAACCAACUGUUCAGUGGUAGCGUGGAGAUGGUGGAGAGCAACUUCCAAACCGCGGCCGGCGGUUCGGUAACGCGCGAACAGUUCAUGAUGCUGCUGCGCGAUCUGAAGAACAUCUACAUACGGGCGUCCUACUGGGAGAAUGGGCUGGUGACGGUGGUAUCUGACGUAAGCCUUACGAUGGCUCACGACGACCUGGAACAUCCGCAUCUGUACCGGGAGCUGGCAGUUGAAAAUUGUGACUGUCCACCGGGAUACACGGGACGAUCGUGCGAAGACUGUGCACCGGGCUACUACCGCGAUCCGAACGGUCCCUACCUAGGCUACUGUAUUCCGUGUGAGUGCAAUGGACAUGCGGCAACGUGCGAUUGUAACACUGGCGUUUGUCACGACUGUCAGCAUUACACGACCGGCGAACACUGCGAUCAGUGUAUCGAGGGAUACUACGGCAAUGCUACGCGUGGCACACCGAACGAUUGUAUGAUCUGCGCCUGUCCGCUGCCGGUCGAGUCGAACAACUUUGCCACGUCGUGCGAGGUGUCCGAAGAUGGGUACGAGAUUCAUUGCGCCUGCAAACCAGGAUACCAUGGAGAAAAGUGUCAGAGCUGUGCUCCGGGCUACUACGGUCAGCCGCAGGUCGAGGGUGAGUUCUGCAAACAGUGCGACUGUUCCGGAAACAUCAACGCGGAAGAACCGGGUGCUUGCGAUUCCGUGUCGGGCGAAUGUUUGCUCUGCCUGAACAACACCUACGGCAGAGCGUGCAAUCUGUGUGCGCCAGGCUUUUAUGGUGAUGCCGUGCAUCUGAAGGAUUGCCAGAGCUGCAUUUGCGACAAGACCGGUAUGGACUACUGUGACAACUUUGUGGGAACGUGCAACUGUCUGCCGAACGUGAUCGGGGAGAAGUGUGAUCGGUGCGACGAUGAUCACUACGGCUUCGAAUCGGGACGUGGAUGUACGGCUUGCGAUUGCGGCAUUGCUUCGAACAGCUCGCAGUGUGAUGAUCAUACGGGCAAGUGUGCCUGCAAGCCGGGAGUGACCGGGCGGCAGUGCGAUCGAUGCGAGCCCGGCUACUGGAACUACUCGGAGGAAGGCUGUGUGCCGUGCUCGUGCAACACUGACUAUUCGAGAGGAUUGGGCUGUAACGCGUUGACCGGACAGUGCGAGUGCUUGUCGGGAGUGGUGGGCGAAAAGUGUGACUCGUGUCCCUAUCGCUGGGUGCUGAUUCCGGACACUGGCUGCCAGGAGUGUGACGUGUGCCACCAUGCACUGUUGGAUGUAACCGAUGGACUGAAGCUCGAUAUCGACCCAGUGCUGGAUGACAUCAAAACGAUAGCGGACGAUUACUACACGUCGCAAAAGCUGAAAUACUUUGACGAUAUGGUCGAUCGGCUCGAACCGAAGGUGCGCAGUCUGGAUCCGCAUGGUGUGAACCUAAAUCCCUCGAAACAAAAGGUGGAAGCGCUGGAGAUGGAGGUGAAAAGUUUGGACCGCCGCAUUCAGUACGCGGAUGAAAAUGCAAAGGACAUUUCCACCAACAGCCAGAAUCUGCUGGCAGCAGCAUCGAAUGUGCUGGACGAUUGUCGCCUGGUGCACAUCAACACGAAGAACACGAUCGAUGAGGUGUUGGUGUUGGCGGAAAAUCUCGGAUCGUCAGAGAUCACCAAGCUGGAUCAGGCAUUUGCCGAGGCGAAGCACUACCUAGACAACAUCAAACAAUACUCGACGACGCCCGAAUCGCUCAACUCGCAGCUGGAUAACGCCACCCGUCUGUUGGAAGCCGUCGAAUCAUUUGGAGAACCGGUGCAAACGCAGCAUGAGAAGUUGGCCAAGCUGAUGCACGACAUUGGAGAGUUCGAUGUGAAGCUGGAGGAUCUUUACACCUGGAGCUUGAAGGUGGAGAAGGAAAGCAGCAUCACGUCGAGGUUGAACAAUAAAAACAAAGGCGCAGUUAACACCAAGUUCGACACGGUAACCGCACACGCUAAGGAGGCUACCGAGAACACAGAAAACAGUAAGGUGCUGCUGGGUAAUUCGUCCAACAUCAUGAAGGACAUCGACAUCACGCACGCCGAGCUGGGCAAUGCGAACAGAGGGCUGACCGAUCUGAACAACGAUGUGGACAACCAGCUGCCGGUUGCGUUUGAAGAGUACCAGGAGCUGAGUCCGCUGAUCGAACAAUCGUACGAGCACGCAAACCAACUGAAGAUGGAAGCCGAAAGCUUGUCGGACAAAUAUUCUGGCGUAUCGGCCGACUCGGAAACGGCCCUGCAGGCAGCCACGGCUCACUCGAAGAUUGUGGACGCGGUAAACGAAGCGUCAGAUAACAUCCGUAACGCUACGCAGACGGCGCAGAAGGCAACGAAUCAGACGGAGGGCAUCGAUAAUCGGGCCGCCGAAUCAGAUGCUGCUUCCCGCGAGCUGCUCAGCGAAGCGCGGCGUAUGUUUACCACCCUGCAGAUGGAACUCGAACCGCAGAGCAAGAGGUCGAUCGAUACGGUGGAUGGUAUCAAGGAGAAGAACGCACACAGUGACGAUAUGCUGUACUCGAUCAAUGCCGCGCUGGAUGGCAUUCCGGAGGAAUCGUACACGGACGAUUGGGAAACUGCUCGGGACCAGGCCAUCGAAGCGCAGGCCAAAUCGCACAACUCGAUGAAGAUCCUGGACCCGAUGAUAAGCGAUCUGUCCAAGAGUGUGUACAUGGCCGAGCAGCUACCGAAGGAGGUGGACAACACGCAGAAGGACAUUAAGCAGGCAACCACACAGAUCGAGCGGCUUAAAACGAUGAUCCCCAACAUUCGGCAGCUGGUGGAAAAGCUCGACACCAAGCAGAACCAAGUGGACUCGAUCGUAAGCGACAUCGGUGAUCGGUUGGAGUCGUUGAAGCGGCAAAUCGGAGAGGCAAGAUCGAUUGCCAACACGAUCAAGGUCGGUAUGCAGUUCCAUCCUAACACCACCGUUGAGCUGAAGCCACCGCAAAGCCUAUCCCAGAUGGCUACCAACUCGAACGUGUCCGUGUUCUUCCGCACCGACCGUCCGGAAGGCUUCCUGCUGUAUCUUGGCAACGAGGUUAAGCCGGACGCGAAGAAGAGCUCGCGUGAUGACUACAUGGCACUGGAGAUCGAAAACGGCUAUCCGGUACUGUCGAUCGAUCUAGGCAAUGAUCCAGAGAAGGUGAUCAGUCCGAAGUAUGUGGCCGACGAUAAGUGGUAUCAGGCGAUCGUCGAACGUACCGGAAACAACGUAAAGCUCAUCAUCCGCGAGGAGCUGGAAAACGGUACGGAUGUGUUCCACACCAAGGAACAGGUGCUCCCCGGAGCGUACAACGUGUUCAACGUGGACCAGAACAGCAAACUGUUCAUCGGAGGCUACCCACCGGAGUACAAUAUGCCGCAGGAUGUGAAAUCGAGCGAGUUCGAUGGUCGUAUCGAGCAGCUGCAGAUUGGCGGUGAGCACGUAGGGCUGUGGAACUUUAUCGACGCACAGAACGUGUACGGAUCGCCGGAGCGCGAAUCACUCCGCAACGAGGAGAACCCAUCGACCGGGUUCCGGUUCAGCGGCAAUGGCUAUGUGGCGAUCGAUUCCAAACCGUACACGUUCAAGCAGCAGUCACAGCUGCAGUUCCAGUUUAAGGCACCACCGGAGACGCGCGACGGUUUGCUGUUCUACGCGGGCAAAAACAAACACUUCAUCUCGGUGGAGAUGCGCAACGGUGCGAUAGUGUUCCAGUUCAAGCUUGGUCAGCAUGCGCAGGCAGUUACGAUGGGUUCGAGCAGUGCGUUCAACGACGACAAGUGGCACAAGAUUUCCGUAGAACGUGAUGGUAACAUUGGCAUCCUGACGGUCGACGAUCGCGAAGUGUUCCAGCAGACCGGAUCGGCGGAACACCAGCAGUUGCACAUCUCGGAAGCGCUCUACUUCGGUGGCUAUCAUAGCCGCGUGAGCCAUCCGGAGGUAACGGCGAAGGGCUUCGACGGUUGCAUUGACGAUGUGUACAUUUUGGGCAACAAGGUGGACUUGAGCAUCAACCUGAAGGCACUCGAUGUGCGUCCGGGAUGUCCGAUGAAGUUCUCGCCACUUGUGUCGUUCCCACCGCGUCAGUUCGGCUACGUCAAUCAGCCGGGAGUGGAGUCGGUGAACAGUCUGCAGAUCAACCUUAAGUUCCGUACCACACAGCGUGAUGGAGUGCUAUUCUACACAAGCAACUACGAUCAAAGCGGAACGCUGGGUUUGGCGUUGCGAAACGGAGUGCUUGUGCUGAGUAGCUCCGGAUCGGAAGUAACCACCGAUUACAACACGUACAACGAUGGUGAGUGGCACGCCGUCACUGCUGGCCACGAUCACGACCGGUUGACGCUGCUGGUAGACGAUCAGGAUCCACACUACAGCCUGUAUCCACCGCAACCGCUGUACAUUGAGAAUGGUGACAUCUACUUCGGUGGAUUGCCCAAGAACUAUGUCACGGUGCAUAAUGCGAUCGCAUCGAACGCUUACUUCAUGGGCUGCAUCAGUGACGUUACGGUGAAUGGACAGAUUGUCAAUUUCGCUACGCUCACCGACAAGAAGUCGGCCGUACUGGAUCAGUGCUCGAGGGAACUGUUUGUCGCGGGCGAUGUGCCAUUGUACUAUCCGAACGAUGGUAAGGAUCCGGAGGUGUUUGUAUCGAGCCGCUUCGAUACGGACCAAGAGCAGGGUAGACAUGAGGAUGACGAGGACAAGGAUUCACGAACGCCCGAUUACGCGAGAACACCGGCGCCUGCUCCUCCGAAGGCACCGUCAAGUGAAGCUACCACACCUAGCACUACCACCACCACCGCCAGCACCACAACCACAUCCACAACUACCACCACAACAACAACGAUGCGUUCAAGACCGACGCAACCGGACGAGCCACCGCCAGUGUGCCGGCUACCCAUCACACCGGAACAGGAUGUCGACUUCGAUCACGGCUAUCGGUUCGGAACGGGCCAGUUCAGUCACAUCGAGUUUAGCGAGGUACCGCUGAAGAACAAGCGUCAGUACGAUUUCUCGUUCAACUUCAAGACGGAGUUCUCGGAGGGUGUCCUAUUCUACGUGGCUGAUCCGCGCCAUACCGACUUCAUCGCGUUGCAUCUGCGCGAUGGUAAGGUGAUCCACUCGUUCAACUGUGGCUCUGGGUCGGCAAACAUGUCGUCCGAGCGCCGGUACGAUGACAACGAGUGGCAUACGGUGCACUUUACACGCCACAACAACAAGGGCAAGCUGGUAGUGGACAGCGAGGAUCAAUCGACAGGUGAAUCGGUCGGUUCGACUCGCACCAUGGCUCUACAGGCUCCGAUGUUUGUCGGUGGUGUCAGUGGAGACAAUUACGAGGAGGUUGCACUUAAUCUUAAGAUGGACAAAAACGUGCUCGAGCGCAAUCAGUUCGUUGGUUGCAUCAACAACAUUGAGGCAAACGGCCGAUCGCUAGCCGCACCGUCCAACAUAACCCGCACGAUUCCCUGCUCCACGCAGAUCGAAACGGGCACGUUCUUCGGCAAUGGCGGCGGAUUUGUGAAGCUGUACGAAAAGUUCAAGGUUGGCAACGAGCUGACCGUCAGCAUGGACAUACGGCCGCGGGCUCAAAGCGGUCUGCUUAUGUCGGUGCACGGACGCAAGUCGUACUUCGUGCUGGAGAUGAUCAAUGGCACGAUCAGCCUGACGGUGAACAAUGGGGACGAUCCGUUCACUGCCACCUACACGCCCCUGCCGGAGGAGAAUCUCUGCGAUGGCCAAUGGCGCACGGUGUCCGCUAUCAAGUCCCAGUACGUGAUCACCAUUAAGGUGAACGACGUUAGCUCGAAUCCUGCCAUCGGUGAUGCGCGCUCUCCGUCGACCGAUACCACUCGACCGCUGUUCCUUGGCGGACAUCCUCACUUGCAGAGGAUUCGAGGAUUUGUUGCGCGUGCACCAUUCCAGGGAUGUAUACGCAACGUAAAGGUUCGAGAUACGGUCGAACAGAUUACACCAAAGAUGACGGUCGGCAACGUACAGACAGGCGUUUGCCCAACAAUUUAAAACAACUCUACGACGAAUACUGCGAUUAUUUGGAAUACGAAUUUGGACAAAUGAUUUUUGGACUACCAAUGAAUACGAUAUCAAGGAACGGAUGAUAACGACAAUACUGCUAUGGACCUUUUCGAAUUCGGAUAAUUCUAACUGAUUGAUGAUGGUUUUAUACUUUUCUUUUCCUUUCUUUAAUUUCCCCGGUUUCAUGUGAGUUAUGUGUGAAGUCUUUUGCACGUAACUUCAUGAAGGCAAACAAACCUUCCCAGUUUGUCUACUGUCGCCAGUAGAUGUAAGAGAUAACUAUCACUUCUCUUGCGUUAUUCCUAACUAAAGCAAACAGUUAACCGUAACCAGUGCCAUUAAGUGUUCAAUCUCACACACACACUCAGACAAAUAUGAUGGAAUCUCUAUCCCUACAAAUUCAACUUUGAAUUAAAGUAGUUUCCCAGUUUCAAUAAAUUCCCCCAAUUAGAGCAAAA